GGCUGAUUGUUAUGGUAGCUAGCUUCACACAUGUGAGUUACAUUCAAUUACAGCUGCGAGUCACAGGCACGCAUUUACAACUCUGGCCCACUUGUUUUCUGUAUGAGAAGUAGUGCUGCAGCAGGAUGCCAGGCAAGGCAGCAGACACGUUCCAACCUGGGGACUUGGUCUUCGCCAAGAUGAGGGGCUUCCCCCACUGGCCGGCCAGGAUCGCCCGGGGCGAGAUCUCUAAGAAGAAGGUUCCAGUGUUCUUCUUUGGAACUCACCAGACAGCAUCCAUACCGUUUGAAAAUAUAGUGACCUACGUAGGGAACAAGGGCAGAUAUGGGAAAGGAGUGCGCAUUAGAGGCUUCACAGAGGGAAUGUGGGAGAUAGAGAACACUCCUAAAGUAUGCAGCAAACAGAAGGUGGGUGCUACCGCAGCCAAAAAGGAGCAAGCAGAAAAAAAUCCAGACCAGUCCAAGACACCAGCACCGGUCAAAAUGUCCACCUCCCCUAAACAGGCCUCGAUAAAGGCCCCUAAAACACAAGCGAAGACUAUCAAGACAGUGGCAGUGACGGCCCCGGGAAACAAAAAAACAUCGGCCGACGGCCAACAGAAAACUGACACGCCGGCCAACACAAGAGCUGAGAAAAGGAAAAAGAUUGGAAUGCAUUCUACCCAGGACGAGCCUGUCCAAGGGCAGAAGACAGCCCCGGCCGGUUCAACUGUAAUCCCACCAGCCAGCAAGAAGACAAGAUUGACGGAGGAGAAAAGCUCUUCCACUACAAAGAGCAAGAGAGAGAAGACCACAGAAGAGAGAAAGAAACAGGGGGAGAGUAGAGGGAGGAAGAGGAAAAAGGAGGAUGAGGGAGAGAAGACAACAGAAGAGAGAAAGAAACAGGGGGAGCGUAGAGGGAGGAAGAGGAAAAAGGAGGAUGAGGGAGAGAAGAUAAAGGAAGUUGGUGUUGAAGCGGGAAAGAUUGAAGUCAGUAAGAUGAGGGAGGUGGAAUGUUUAGAAACAGACAAAGAUGUAAUCCACAAGGAAGAGGUUAAGAAGGGGAACGAAGAGGUGGAGGGUGGGGUAACAGUGAAGGGGAACGAAGAGGAGGGUGGGGUAGCAGUGAAGGGGAACGAAGAGGAGGGUGGGGUAGCAGUGAAGGGGAACGAAGAGGAGGGUGGGGUAGCAGUGAAGGGGAACGAAGAGGAGGGUGGGGUAGCAGUGAAGGAGAACGAAGAAGAGGGUGGGGUAGCAGUGAAGGAGAACGAAGAGGAGGGUGGGGUAGCAGUGAAGGAGAACGAAGAGGAGGGUGGGGUAGCAGUGAAGGAGAACGAAGAGGAGGGUGGGGUAGCAGUGAAGGGGAACGGAGAGGAGGAGGGUGGGGUAGCAGUGAAGGGGAACGGAGAGGAGGAGGGUGGGGUAGCAGUGAAGGGGAACGGAGAGGAGGAGGGUGGGGUAGCAGUGAAGGAGAAGGAGGCUGGGGUAGCAGUGAAGGAGAAGGAGGGUGGGGUAGCAGUGAAGGAGAAGGAGGGUGGGGUAGCAGUGAAGGAGAAGGAGGCUGGGGUAGCAGUGAAGGAGAAGGAGGCUGGGGUAGCAGUGAAGGAGAAGGAGGCUGGGGUAGCAGUGAAGGAGAAGGAGGCUGGGGUAGCAGUGAAGGAGAAGGAGGCUGGGGUAGCAGUGAAGGAGAAGGAGGCUGGGGUAGCAGUGAAGGAGAAGGAGGCUGGGGUAGCAGUGAAGGAGAAGGAGGCUGGGGUAGCAGUGAAGGAGGAGGGUGCGGUAGCAGUGAAGGGGAACGAAGAGGAAGAGGGUGGGGUAGCAGUGAAGGGGAACGAGGAGAAGAAGGGUGGGGUAGCAGUGAAGGGGAACGAAGAGGAGGAGGGUGGGGUAGCAGUGAAGGAGAAGGAGGGUGGGGUAGUAGUGAAGGGGAACGAGGAGGAGGGUGGGGUAGCAGUGAAGGGGAACGGAGAGGAGGGUGGGGUAGCAGUGAAGGGGAACGAGGAGGAGGGUGGGGUAGCAGUGAAAGGGAACGGAGAGGAGGGUGGGGUAGCAGUGAAGGGGAACAAUACUGUUACAGAGAUCAGUGCUGGUCAGGAUGAAGAGAACACUUUACAAUGCAAGAACUGUCCAAUACUAGUGGUGAAGAUUGAUAGUGAUGUAACAUCCUGUUUGUAUUCCCGUGUGGGCGUGUGCCCGUCCGUGUGUGUACUUACGGUGUGUGUGUGUGUGCAGCGUCGGCGUCGUCUUGCGGCCAGGAGAGAGAGUGUCUUGAAGUCUCUACAAGGACUUCUCACGAGAAGGAAGGGCCUGAGAAGACAGAGCCUUAAACCUACACGGACACUGAAAAAUGGAGCUGGAGGGAAGAAAGCUGAAGAGAAGAAGAGUAGAAAGACAGGUGGGCAGAAAGGGGACAGAGCAACAGCGAGUAAGACAACAGGCGUCAAGACAACAGGCGUCAAGACAACAGGCGUCAAGACAACAGGCGUCAGGACAACAGGCGUCAGGACAACAGGCGUCAGGACAACAGGCGUCAGGACAACAGGCGUCAGGACAACAGGCGUCAGGACAACAGGCGUCAAGACAACGGAGAGGAAGAAAACAGAUGAGAAGGUGGAAAGUACGAAAACGGAAGUAAAAAAUUUGGAAGGCAAAAAAACUGAAUGUAAGAAACUAGAACAAAAGAUGGAGAAGAGAGUGGAGAGCAAGAAAUCAGCGGAGGCUACGAAGUCUGAAUCGACCCGGGCGGAGGCUAAGAAGCCUGAAUCGACCCGGGCGGAGGCCAAGAAGUCUGAAUCGACCCGGGCGGAGGCCAAGAAGUCUGAAUCGACCCGGGCGGAGGCCAAGAAGUCUGAAUCGACCCGGGCGGAGGCCAAGAAGUCUGAAUCGACCCGGGCGGAGGCCAAGAAGUCUGAAUCGACCCGGGCGGAGGCCAAGAAGUCUGAAUCGACCCGGGCGGAGGCUAAGAAGUCUGAAUCGACCCGGGCGGAGGCUAAGAAGUCUGAAUCGACCCGGGCGGAGGCUAAGAAGUCUGAAUCGACCCGGGCGGAGGCUAAGAAGUCUGAAUCGACCCGGGCGGAGGCUAAGAAGUCUGAAUCGACCCGGGCGGAGGCUAAGAAGUCUGAAUCGACCCGGGCGGAGGCUAAGAAGUCUGAAUCGACCCGGGCGGAGGCCAAGAAGUCCGAAUCGACCCGGGAGGAGGCCAAGAAGUCCGAAUCGACCCGGGCGGGGGCCAAGAAGUCCGAAUCGACCCGGGCGGGGGCCAAGAAGUCCGAAUCGACCCGGGCGGGGGCCAAGAAGUCCGAAUCGACCCGGGCGGAGGCUAAGAAGUCCGAAUCGACCCGGGCGGAGGCCAAGAAGUCCGAAUCGACCCGGGCGGAGGCCAAGAAGUCCGAAUCGACCCGGGCGGAGGCCAAGAAGUCCGAAUCGACCCGGGCGGAGGCCAAGAAGUCCGAAUCGACCCGGGCGGAGGCCAAGAAGUCCGAAUCGACCCGGGCGGAGGCCAGCAAGUCCGAAUCGACCCGGGCGGAGGCCAGCAAGUCCGAAUCGACCCGGGCGGAGGCCAGCAAGUCCGAAUCGACCCGGGCGGAGGCCAGCAAGUCCGAAUCGACCCGGGCGGAGGCCAAGAAGUCUGAAUCGACCCGGGCGGAGGCCAAGAAGUCUGAAUCGACCCGGGCGGAGGCUAAGAAGUCCGAAUCGACCCGGGCGGAGGCCAGCAAGUCCGAAUCGACCCGGGCGGAGGCCAAGAAGUCUGAAUCGACCCGGGCGGAGGCUAAGAAGUCCGAAUCGACCCGGGCGGAGGCCAGCAAGUCCGAAUCGACCCGGGCGGAGGCCAGCAAGUCCGAAUCCAAGAAAGUGGAGACAGAAAAGAUAGAGAGACGACAGGAGGAGGAGCCUAAAUCACCUCAGAGAGGUGUACUAGGGGACGGCCAGAUAACAGACAGUAUGUCUAAACUACAUACCACUAAAGAAUCGUUCACUCUGACGGACUCUACCCUACACCGUAUACACGGAGAUAUACGCAUCUCUCUGAAGACGGACAACCCUGACAUUAGUAAGUGUCUGACAGCGCUGGACCAACUCACUAUGGUCUAUGUAACAUCACAACACGUCCAGAGACACAGUGAACUCAUCACUACUCUCAGAAAGAUGCGUCGUUUCCGCAGUAACCAGGACGUGAUGGACAAGGCAUCGAUGCUCUACAACCGCUUCAAGAACGCAUUCCUAUUGGUUAACGACAAGGAUGACGUCAUCAGCCCCGAGUUCCUCCGCUCGCUCCUGGAGGAGAAGGAGAGGGAGGAGGAGGAGAGGGUGGAGCGAUGGAGGGAGAAACAGAAGAGGAGAGGAGAGGUGCUGCAGGAGGUUCGCAGGAGAAUGAGUCAACUGGAGGAGAGAAGGGGAGGAGAGAAGGGGGUCGUGACUGAGAAGAAGGAAGAGGAGGUGCCAGAGGAGGUGCCAGAGGGGGUGCCAGAGGGGGUGCCAGAGGAGGUGCCACAGGAGGUGCCAGAGGAUGGAAGCUCCGAACUACAGUAGAAUCAUCCUGAGCUCCACUGGGAGAAACGGAGCAGGGUGAAGUUGUCCCUAGACACUGAUCUUGGUGCAGGUUACAGUUUUCGACCACCUAAUGGUUGAAGGUUAGUAUUUGGUGAGGGAAACUGAUUCUAGAUCUGUACCUGGGGGGGGACAGAACAAUGGAACAUACCAACUCAGAAUCAGAGGGGGUGAACACGGAACAUACCAGCUGUCCAACUGGGUUUAUGGUGUUUCUUAACCCUCCCUUGUCCACUCGAGUAUUUGGACAACCUCUUUACCCAUAUUCAUUGGUGCACACCGUUUCAAAAAACAUUGCAGACGUUAAGCGAUGGAAAAGGACAACGAGUGUUUUUUAUUUUAUUUAUUUUUUAUUUGACAAGUUCAGGUUGUUAAGUCUUCUAGUGAACGGGGAAAACGGGGUGCCAGGUGUUUUCCUAAAGACAGACCGGCCUGAGGAGUGUCUUUAAGUCGUCUCCUUUCCCUGAGGAUUAGAGGACAAGCUUUCCUCUGAUGCUUUAAUAAAGAAGCUCUUCUUAUAGGAUGUUCUGUAGAAACCAGGGAAUAGUUCAGUCUACACACAUUUUUACUUUCCUGAUGUUUUAUUUUUAUUUUUUUAUACCUUGUAUGUUCUCUUAAAUACCAUACUUUAUGUUGUUGUGUAGUUUUUAACAGUGAUGUUAUAGACUCGAUUCUACUUUAGCCUGGAUUUCUACUUUGCUUGUACUCUGUCUCUGCAAUACGUAGCCUAGUAGCCACGUUGAUUAUUGCUUUAGCCAAUUUGGCUAGUAGCCUAAAAGCAGAUCUGGUUGCCAGGUAAUAUUACCCUUCAGGUAUCUCCGUUCAAGAGCCAUCGCUGCUCAUGGUUGUAAACCCCCAGAGGGCCAGACGGUAGCACACAAGUUUAAAAGAGUCUGGCUGGUCAUCUGAUUCAUCCCAGGACAGACGGCUGUGUUGUAUUUUAACCCCUGAUUCAACUGCAGCGACACAUGUUUUCACACACAGACACAGACAGGAGUUGGUUCUGUGAAUGGUUUAAAAGGGGAACACACUUUGGUUUGACACUGUGGAGUAGAUUUGUUACACUUUACCUACAGAUAUGUUUUACAGAUGUCAUUUCACUGGUAAUAAAUGAGCAGUACUUCAGGUUAGGCUGUUGUAAACCGUUCUGUCACGUUUAUAAAUGAGCAUUACUUCAGGUUAGGCUGUUGUAAACCGUUCUGUCACGUUUAUAAAUGAGCAUUACUUCAGGUUAGGCUGUUGUAAACCGUUCUGUCACGUUUAUAAAUGAGCAUUACUUCAGGUUAGGCUGUUGUAAACCGUUCUGUCACGUUUAUAAAUGACCAGUACUUCAGGUUAGGCUGUUGUAAACCGUUCUGUCACGUUUAUAAAUGACCAGUACUUCAGGUUAGGCUGUUGUAAACCGUUCUGUCACGUUUAUAAAUGAGCAUUAAUUUCAGGUUACCCUGUUGGUCAAUAAACCGUUCUACAUAAAAUGAGA